UCAGGCUCAUGUUGCUGCUUCUGGGUACAUAGCUGCUCUGAAUGAGUGAACUCCACAGAAAAGAUGAAAUUUGAGGAUCUCUUGCUGGAAACUGGGGGCUUUGGCAGAUGCCAGCUUUUGAUUUUGUUUAUUUUCUGCCUCCCAAGAAUCAGCCUUCCCAUGCAUUUCUUACUGCACAAUUUUCUUGCUGCUACCCCCUCUCAUCGCUGUGCAACUCCACACCAAGAGGCAUUUGUGAACCUCACCAUGGAGGAAGUUCUGCUCAUCAGCAUCCCCCGGGAGCCUGACGGCACUUAGUCCUGCGAGAUGUUCACGCAGCCUCAGUUUCACCUGCUGUUCAAUUCUUCUCUGCAACCAGAAAACAACUCCAUCAUCCAGCACUGCCAGCACGGAUGGGUGUAUGACCACUCGCAGUUCACCUCCACCAUCUCCACUCAGUGGGACCUCGUGUGUGAACAGCACAGGCUGAACCAGGCGACUGCAACCUUCUUCUUCCUUGGCGUUACAGUGGGGGCCGUGGUAUUCGGAUACCUUCCAGACAGGCUUGGACGGAAAGCCAUGCUCCUACUGUCGCUUGUGUGCUCUGUCCUAUUUGGGAUGCCGAGUGCCGCGUCCCUCUCCUACAGCAUGCUGGUCAUCACGCGGACCCUCACCGGUGUGGCCCUGAGCGGCGUCUCCCAUACUGUAUUGCCUUGGGUAAGUACGUGGGGGUCUGUGGGGAUGGAGUUGGUGGACAUACAGCACUGCACCUUCUCCAGGAUCCUGACUAGCAUCUUCUGGAGCAUCGGGAACAUGCUGCUGGCCAUGGUAGCAUAACUGGUGCAGGAAUGGCACAGGCUGUUAGUAGCUGUAACAGGACCUUGUCUUCGGAGCACUGUCUGCCUGUGGCUAGGUCAGGUGGGUCCCAGGGUCAUAGCCAAUGGCAAAGUGAAACAAGCUCACAGGCAUCUGCUUAGAUGUGCAAGAAUGAAUGGAAAGAAAGACUUCGCUGUCUCACCAGAGGCCCUCAGAAGGAUGGCAACAGACAAAAAGCCAGGAGGGAGUUACUUCUACAUCAGCUUGUUCAGGACACCAGUCCUGCGGAAGAUCUCCCUGUGUUAUGGGGCUAUGUGGUUUGGUGUCGCCUUCUCUUAUUACGGCACGAGCAUGAACCUAACUGGCCUUGGGCUCAACGUGUAUCUCUCCCAGUUUGUCUCUGGUGUCAUUGAGAUUCCAGCCAAGAUGAUCAUGUACAUGCUGGUGAAUCGAGUUGGACGACAGCAGAGUCAGGCAUGAGCACUCAUCCUGACUAGACUGUGCCUAGGAGCCAAUGUCAUCAUUCACAAGCAUGGGACACUCUUAUCCUUCACCUCCUUGCGCCGUGUAGUAGCCAUUAUGGGACAAGGUUUCUCAGAAGCUGCAUUCACUACCAUCUUCUUGUACACCUCUGAGCUCUACCCCACCAUACUGAGGCAGAAUGGGAUGGGGUACACCUCCUUUGUGGCACACCUCGGUGGGGCUUUGGCCCCACUUGUUUUUCUGCUGGAUGAGGUGUGGAGGUCUCUGCCCAAGGUGACAUACUGUGGUGUAGCAGUGUGCUGCAGCUCAGUGGCCUUCCUGCUCCCUGAGACACCCAACGUGAGGCUGCCUGAGGGCAUCGAGGACAUCGAGAAGGCACAAGUGAAAGAGCCACCAUCAGUGCACCACAGUGCUCCCAAGGGCAUGCCACUACAGUCUCUGCUGAAGUGA